CGUUGAGUUGGCAGCACUUCCGGCGCCGAGGUCUGUACUUCCGGCUGAAAGGUCUGGGCGGAUUCCGGUUGGGGUCCGAAGUGACGUGGAGAGAGAGGCCGGACGGAGCGGCGCCGGCUGGGCUCCGGGCAUCAGAGAUUUAUUGCCAAGGAAGAUUUUGUCAAGCUAUUCAUACUUAUGUGCAUAUAAGCCUCACUGACAGCAACAAGAUUUACUUCCAGAAUCAGAGAAGGUUAAAUAAAAAGAAGGAUGAAGCUUUACAGUUUAAGUGUCCUUUACAAAGGUGAUCCAAAAGUGCAUUUACUGAAAGCUGCCUAUGAUGUGUCAUCAUUUAGCUUUUUUCAGAGAUCCAGUGUUCAGGAAUUCAUGACCUUCACGAGUCAGCUGAUAGUAGAGCGUUCGGAGCAUGGUAGUAGAGCCUCUGUGAAGGAACAAGAAUACCUCUGCCAUGUCUAUGUGAGGAAUGAUGGGUUGGCUGGAGUAGUGAUUGCAGACAAUGAGUAUCCAUCCCGAGUCUGUUUCACAUUGUUGGAUAAAGUACUAGAUGAAUUCUCCAAGCAAGUCAGUAGGAUAGACUGGCCUUCUGGAACCCCAGCAACAAUAAACUACACAGCAUUGGAUGGCUACCUUAGUAAAUAUCAGAACCCUCGUGAUGCAGACGCAAUGACAAAAGUGCAAGCAGAACUGGACGAGACCAAAGUCAUUCUUCACAAUACAAUGGAAUCCUUGUUAGAACGAGGAGAGAAACUGGAUGAUCUAGUGUCCAAAUCAGAAGUUCUUGGAACUCAAUCAAAAGCCUUCUAUAAAACUGCCCGCAAGCAGAACUCGUGCUGCAAGAUCAUGUGACCCCCAUUGGCUGUGACCCACCACAUACUCUGGACUAUCAGGCUUUCCCAGAACAAGACAGUAAGAAGAUGAACCCCAAUACUACCUACAGUGACAGUCCAUGUUUCCAGAUUUUUAAUCACCUUGGCCAGACUGGGUGCAUGGAAUGGGAUAGCAUAUUGCGGGUUAUGAAUUUAAAGCAAUUUUUUAUUUCUUUCUCUUGGAAAGGCGUCAUCUUGGAAAAGAUGUUUGUAUUAUAUGGGGUUAGAAAUAUACUGACUUUUCCCACUCCUAACAAAGGGGCUCUUGUUCUAGCAGUCUGAUUGAUUGUUGGACUCUGUGGGGCUGUUUGAUUCUUUCUGAAACCUACAAGCAAAUGUGGACUCAGACUGCACCUGUUGCUAUUUACUGAUGUAAACUAACUAAACAGUUUGCCCAUCUGAAGGUUGUGAGCUGGUAUGAAGACCCAAUUUGCCAGUCUUGGCACUUCUUUAAAUGGUGGUGGUGAUUUUCCUUGUAUACUGAAUGUUGUAGAAGGAAGGCAGAAGCAAUCCUAACAUCCUCAGCCCUUUCUGACUUUCCCUUGGAACACUUGUGGACAGACAUACUAGUUAAAAAACCUUGCAUAGCUUGAGAAAUGGUUCUGCUUUAUAAUUGACUGGAAGAGCUCCAUAGAAGUGAGGAAAGAGAUUUCUAGGGAGAGCAUGGCUUUGUGAAAUUGCUUGAAAUUGAGUUCUUCUGUCUCAAGCUGGGUAAGUUUUCCUAUCUUGGGGUUAUAUUUGUGAAGGACACGAGCAGCUUUUGAGAGCUGAUUUUCUCACCCAACACUGUCACCAAGCACAGGAUUUAUUUAAGAAGGCAUAAUGUGGCACCACUUACUGGAAAUCUGGCAUUUUCAGUUGGUUAGCCAUGGGACUGGUCAUAUUUUUUGUAUGUGAUUUGUGUUUUGUUACACUCCUCUGGAUGAUGUGAAAGGGCUGUUUCACAGUCUAGCUAUCUCUUUUCACUGACAACUUUGUGUUAUGGCUGCUGUUAAACAGAACGUUUGCCAUAGUAUUAACUGGUAGCCAUUACUUAAGAACACUGUGCUGUUGCCCAGAAGCACCAUCUGCUGCUUUGCACUCAGAGCUGUACCAGUCUUGUGGAGUGUGACUUUUCCUAUAUUGGGUGUAAGUGUGUUAGCUGCUAAAGUUGUGCAUCUUGGUGUUGUCUCGUGAUGUUCUCAGCUGGAUGUUAUGUUCCCCCCAGAGAGUUCAAAAUUGCUGGCUAGUUUUGUGUAAGUGUAGAAAAUGUUGUUACUAAUGCUCUUGUUUCAGUGGUGCCUGAAAUUUGAGGCACAUUCUGUCAUGGAAGGCAGGGAUGUACUGGUCUCCAGCUGCAGGUUCCCCCUUACCCCUACCCCAUCUUGCCUUUUCCUACCGCAGCUGUGGUGGAUUUGUAUUUGACAAGGGGCCCUGAGUGAUGCAGUUCUUGUAGCCAAGUCAAAAGAAAUGCCACAUGGUGCUUUUGUAUAUUAAUAGGUUUGUGGAGAAAAGAGGCACUUGAUGCUUGUCUUAUUUGCCCAGUUAAAAUGACAAACACUUGCCUUUUAGAGUCAGUGGAGAACCUGUGUUCCUCUAGGUGGUGUUGGAGCCUCCAGGCCCUUCUAGCCUUAGUCAGCAUGGCUAGUAGUCAGGGUAAGAGAUAUGGGCCAUCUACAUCUGUGGGACAACAAACUCCCCUCCCCAGUUCCAGGUAGUAUUUUUGAAUUAAUACAGCUGGUGUAUUAUGGAGAGGAACAUGGGAAAUUGAGGAGGGUCUUUCCUGGCUGCAUUACUUUGUAACAAGCAAUAUACUAAAGAUGGCAGAUGCCCAGAUAUCUAAAAAUGGCCUGACCAAAUCAGGCUUAUUGAGUGCAAUUUGAUUUGUAAUGUUCACUCCUUUUUUUUUCUUCUUUUUUUUAUGGCAUUCGAUUGUCUCAGUUCCCCAAUUGAAGGCCUCUUGCAAUUUAUAAACACACUCCAAGCUUGGAACUGAAGGCAGGAUAUGGGGCAAGUGAGAGCCCCAGGGUUUUAAGACCUUUCUGUUAUCUGAAAUGACUUGUUAUCUGAAUGAUGGUGGGGUGCAGCUUGUGAACUGACAGCUUGGUUGCACUUACUUGCUCUCUGUGCCCUUCCUGGGAAGGAAUUUGGCCCAAGAGCACACCUUGGCCAAUUGAAGACUUGAAUCUUAUGCAGAGGCUGUAUUGACAGAACUGAUGCAGCACCCUUGUAGGUGCCAGCAAUCACCAGCCUUAAUUUUUCUUUCCUUUUCCCAUCUCUGCUUCAAAUGUACCUGAGGGCAGUUGGGUUUUCUGUAAAGUCCAUUUCUGUUGCAGUCAGUUUCCUUUGGGUGAUUGCUUUGAUCCUAAUGAGCUCUCCUAACAAGAGAGGCUGAGUAGAAAACUGCAGUGGGUUAGUUCUGUAAAUACUUACUAUAGGAGAGAAUUUGGUCAUUUUAAAAAUGAAAAUGGACUGCAGAGACUUACCCAGAGAAAUGUAGAGCAAACUAAUUAGUUAUGUUUUUUGUCCCCCAGCUUCACUUGCACCCAUCUGUUCCUACCCUCUUCCUUCUUUCUAAUGUGGGAGCUUUUACUAAAGAUUGUAUUUUAAUAAAUAUUGCUUAACUUCUCUAUGUACUGGAUUAUAUCUAUGUGGAUAAAGUUAUCACUUGAACAUUUAAAAA